AUGGAUCACGGUGUCGUCGUUCAUGAAAAUGGUAGCACCUACCUCACCUUCAACAGUGUUUUAAUGCUUACUGGGUCAAAUUUUAGAGCUUGGAAGGAUUUUGUAGAAACCUAUAUCACCAUGAAUGAUAAGAUAGGCUAUUGUUUUCAAAAAGAUAGACCUGAAACCCCAGCAGAAGAUGAUAAAACCACAGUCAAAGCUAACUAUAAGAAGUGGAUGCAUUCAAACAUGAUGGCUAAGAAUGUUAUUAGGCAGUCUAUGUCUAAAAACAUUAGAGGAUGCGUGGCUAAGCCGGAAUUUGCUACUGAUUUUCUGGAGGCCGUGUCCGCUAAGUUCAAGGAGAGUGAGAAAGCUGAGAUAGGUAGGCUAAACAAGGAAUAUCAUAGCCUGCAAUACUCAGGAACUGGAGGAGUCAGGGAGCAUUUAUUAAAGUUGAUUAAUAUCAACAAUAGGCUUAAAGAGAUGAUGGUGGGAGUACACGACACCUUGCUGGUGCAUCAUGCACUGCACACACUCCCAAGCAGUUUUGACCAUCUCAGGACUAACUAUAAUGCUCAAAAGGAAAACUGGACUCUAGAUGAACUAAUAGCCAUCUGUUCUGAUGAGGAGGAGAGGAUUAAGAAGCAAACCCUAACUAUCUACCUGCUUGAAAAGCCUAAGAAAAGAAAGUCACAUCAACAAAACAAGCUUAAGCCUAACAAGAUCAUCUCUAAGACAUCAGCAACCACAGGGCCAAAGGAUAACAAACCAUUCAGAUUCAAGUGCUACUUUUGUAAGAAAGUAGGACACAUGAAAAAGGAUUGUACUGGCUAUAAGGCUUGGCUAGCUAAAAAGGGGGUUCAAAAGGACCAGGACUCCAAGAAGUGA